AUGUUGAUUACUAAAGCCAUCGUCCCUACAAUCAUCUUCGCAGCUCAUACUCUCGCUGGCAGAGCUGGCAGAACUAUCAGCCUUUGCGGAGUUCGCGAAUUCUUGAGCUGCGCACAAGUCAAAUUCCAGAAUAACGAAUGCGUCAAGCCGACUGCAGUACCAAGGGUCCAUCUAUGUGGUGGACCGGGAAAAAUGGUCAGGUCUACCCGGAGUUCAGUUCGACGUUCGUUUCUUUCCGAUGUAAUUAAACGGGUAAGGCUCAAGCUUCUUUGCGUUCUAUUACUAUUAUUGCUCAUCGAAUACCGAUUCUCCUUCAUUUACCCUCGCAUCAGUCUGUACCUGCCUCGUCAUGAAGCUCUCGAACCACGUCGUGAUUCAGGUUCCGAGCCGCCGUCUUCCGCUAUUGGUGGUAGUGGUAGUAGUGGUGGUAGUGGUGGUAGUGGUGGUAGUGGUGGUAGUGAUAGUAGUGGUAGUAGUAGUAGUAGUAGUAGUAGUAGUAGUAGUAGUAGUGGUACCGGUAGUGGUAUCAUCGGACGAUCAGCUGACUGUCCCAAAGGCCCUGCAUCCUCCAGGAAAAAGUUGGUGAUGGGUGCCAGAACCAGAAUGGAGAACUUGAUCGCAGAAAGACGCCGCAUCCUGAACCUAGGGCCAGAUGAUGUAAGGAAGACCGAUCCCUUGCUUUGA